AUGGACGAUUUAAAGCCGUACACGCUUGAAAAUGCGCCAGCCCAGAAUUCGAUUCCUUUUGAUGCUUGCGACAUUUCCGAGUUUGUUGCCUUAAACGAGAUUAUAGAUUUCUGUUUGGGAUUUAACACGGAUCACAUCAGAGCUAUUGAACGCCCCGAGAAAAACUAUACAUCGCCGGAAUAUUGUAUUGACAGGCAAUAUUUUGAUCCUUCGGUGUGCUCCAUCAUCGAGCGUCUUAUUCCGAUCUGCAGAAACUAUAAAGCCAUCAGUGCAUUCAUUGAAAAAUCGAACGUGCCAUCUAUAUACAAUUUUGGCUUGGUUGCACAGGCACUAGGCUCCGCACUUGGCGCAAUACUCCAAGAUUACAGGCUCUUGUUGCUUGAUAUUGAGCGCCAAUUCAACAAAAAUGACCUGUCGCUCCAAAAGUUGCUUUUUUAUCUUGAAGGCCCAUCUUCGUUGUUCGCAUUUUUGACUGCGCAAAUUAUUGACCCAGUUUCGAACCAAAAGCUGUCUGGUUGUGGGUACUCAUCCAAGUCAAAAGAAGUUGAGUGUAUUGUGGAAUUUAUCCUUGAAGCUUGCUAUGCUCCUGUGUUUGAAAUCGCCGCCAAUUGGGUGAAAACAGGUCAAUUGGUAGACCCGCUCGGAGACUUUUUCAUUCAAGAAGAUGUGACUCUGAAAAAAGAAGAUCUUAUUGAGGACUUUAACUCCAACUAUUGGAGCGAAAAAUUUUCCAUCAUCAAUGAAUAUGUCCCCGCAUUGUUUCGGAGUGACAAUUUGCAGACGAUGAUUUUGAUGACCGGAAAAUAUGUUUAUACUUUAAAGGAAUGUAGCAGCCAAUACCGGUUUUUGGAAUAUCCACAAAUAGAACUCAUAUACAAAUCCGGGGAUACAUCGAAAGCGUGA